AUGGCUCCGGGAAAAGACUCAGGUUUUCAUAACAAGAUAUUUUCAAAUCUACACGCUUCAAGUUUGACAAGACUUCUUCUUAUGCUUGCGGAAAACCUUUAUCCCGAGAAGAGACUCAGAUUUUCCAGUACAGAACAGAAACCGAAAUGGUGGCCUGCUGAAAUUACUUAUAUCCACCCAACUAAAUUAAAGAAAAGAGACCGUUUGAGCGUGGCAAUCAAGAUUCUCUCUUCCUUUGAGCCGGUUGAUGACUCGGUGCUCACAAGGUUCCAGCGAUUGAGAAAGCAAAGUCAAGAAAAGAGAAGAGCGGACAUGGACGAGCAAGAAUCAUCGCCAUCCCAAUCCUCAGCCUACUACACAUCUGCAGGCGAGUCAAGGUUUGACAGCGGUAACAAAAAGGAUUAG